CCAAAGCAAAGGCCAAGCUUCCUCUCUCUCUCUCAGCUUUGCCUUUUUAUUCUCUCUCUUUAUUUAUUGUUUUUUAAAGAGGUUACUCUGUAUACCUUGCUCUUCUUCUUUCUCUCGCUGCUGGAGGCUCAGGAGGGACGGCUGCUAUGUGAAGACUGCAGAAACCUGUGGCGAGGCAGAUACGGUGGAAUGCGAGUGCUGAUCCGCGGCGGCUGACGCCGGAUUUGUACAGAAUGCGACAUCAGAGGAUCGCCGACGAGGGCACUGCGGGCACGGACCGGUUUCAUGGCGAAGGGGACGCCGCAGGUGGUUUGCCGGACAAUGAUGCGGAGGAAUCGGUGAAGCCAGCCUGUGCACUGAAAUACAGAUCGGCGGUUGGCGGAUGCCGCCGUGGGUGGAGAGAAACUCCGGCGAUUGGGAUCGCUGCGGGCGGUGUAGUAGUGGAGGUGGAAAAGAUCCUCCAAAACGGUGAUAUAUACUUCGGAGAAUUUACCGGGAACGUGCCGCAUGGCCGCGGGAAGUAUCUUUGGGCCGACGGAUGUAUGUACGAGGGCGAAUGGCGAAGAGGGAAAGCCACCGGAAAGGGGAAGUUCUCGUGGCCAUCGGGCGCGACCUUUGAGGGUGAGUUUAAGGGCGGGAGGAUGGAGGGUUUCGGAAUCUUCGUCGGCGCUGAUGGAGACACCUAUUGUGGAUCGUGGAUUGCCGAUCGGAAGCACGGAAGCGGGAGCAAAUCCUACGCUAAUGGGGAUUUCUAUGAGGGACAGUGGCGGCGUAACAUCCAAGAUGGUCAUGGCCGCUACGUGUGGCGCAACGGCAAUCAGUUCAUCGGCGAGUGGCGCAGCGGCGUUAUCUCAGGCCGAGGCGUGCUCAUAUGGGCUAAUGGAAGCCGGUAUGAAGGCCACUGGGAGAGCGGCGUCCCCAAAGGGAGUGGUGUCUUUACCAAGCCGGACGGGAGCUGUUGUGUUGGCAGCUGGAAUAAGGAUCCUAAGCUCGAUUCCAAAUUCUAUCCUGCGGCCGUCGUGGGUAGUAGAUGCUCCUUCUCUUCUUUUGGAGAUAGCUUGCAUCCUUUUCUGGCUUCAAGGAAGCGACCAUCUACAGAUAGUGCUCUUUCGAGAGGCAGCGUAGCUGAGAAGAACUUACCUAGGAUAUGCAUUUGGGAGUCGGAUAAUGACGAUGGAGAUAUCACAUGCGAAAUUAUUGACCCAUUCAAGUCCUCCAUGCUUUACAAGGAUGGCUUCGAGUUUGUUUAUGGAGGGCAAGCCUUGGGACAGAUGCGAAGCCGGAAUCCUUGCUUAUAUAAAGCAGUUCAGAUGAAGAAGCCGGGGCAGACAAUAUCUAAGGGGCAUAGGAACUACGAUCUGAUGCUUAACCUACAAUUGGGCAUCAGAUACUCCGUUGGUAAACCAUCAUCUACGCAGCCUAGGGAGCUCAAACCUAGUGAUUUUGAUCCAAAGGAGAAGUUUUGGACGAGAUUUCCUCCUGAGGGAUCAAAGAUGACACCACCGCACCAAUCUGUAGAAUUCAAGUGGAAGGACUACUGUCCUCUCGUUUUCAGACAUCUGAGGAAAUUGUUUGCGGUAGAUCCAGCGGAUUACAUGAUGGCUAUUUGCGGGAAUGAAGCUUUGAGAGAGCUAUCUUCACCUGGCAAAAGUGGGAGCUUGUUCUACCAUACCCAGGACGACCGCUUCAUCAUUAAAACAGUGAAGAAGUGCGAAGUAAAGGUUCUGAUAAGGAUGCUAUCAAGUUAUUACCAACAUGUUUCCAAGUAUAAGAACUCACUACUCACAAAGUUCUAUGGCGUGCAUUGUGUGAAAUCAAUUGGCUGCCAGAAGGUUCGUUUCAUUGUGAUGGGCAACCUGUUCUGCUCAGAGUACAGAAUUCACAGACGGUUUGACUUGAAAGGCUCAUCUUAUGGCCGAACUAUUCACAAAGCUGAAGGAGAGAUAGAUGAGACCACCACACUAAAGGACUUGGAUCUUAACUUCGUAUUUCACAUUCAAAAGCCUUGGCUCAAGAAACUUAUCUGGCAAAUUGAGCAAGAUUGUGAGUUUCUCGUAGCAGAGGGCAUCAUGGAUUACAGCCUUUUGGUGGGACUUCAUUUCAGAGAUGAUGUAUUUAAUUCUAGGAUGGGUACAUCUGUUCCUUAUCAAAAGGUAUGUGUUACGAAUGAAUCCGACCCGGGUCAGGAGUACUUUACUGAGUUUUCCUUCGCAGAUUCAUGGUGGCGAGAUACAGCUAGAGUUGAUGACCGAGAGCCAAUGAUUCAGUUAGGCGCGAACUUGCCUGCAAUGGCCGUGCAUCAUCAGAAAGACCAUGGAAGUGCCAAAAUCUAUCAAGUGGUCCUCUAUUUUGGAAUAAUUGACAUCCUUCAAGACUAUGAUAUCAGCAAGAAAAUCGAGCACGCAUACAAGUCAUUGCAAGUUGAUCCAAACUCCAUCUCAGCCGUGGACCCAAAGCUUUAUUCUAGGAGAUUUCGUGAUUUCAUCAGCAGAGUCUUUGUGGAAGAUGAUUGAUUCAAAGAAAAUGAAAUAGAUAUUGCAAGUGAAAUCAUUUUGAAGUUGGUGGUGGAGCCGAGUUGAUAUCAGCAAACAGAGGAUCAGUCAGCUCAACCAAAGGAAAGAAAUGAUGAGAACCGUGGCUGCAUCCAUCCAUUGCUCCUUUUUACUGGCAUGUUGAUAACCUUGGAUGUGGCGCAGUAAUUUAAAUGGAGGCUUAGUUUGGGACGGCUUUCUUUCUGCUCUUCUUAAAUCAGCUU